AUGUCUACCAACAAUCAAGAGCCUCCUGCCCUCAGGACACGACGACGAGGUGCCCUACCUACUCCAUCCCAGGAGGAAGAAGAUGUUCCCGGUCCAAUUGAUGGUCCCGGUGGCGCUUCUACUGGUGAUGCUCCUCAGUCGUCUGGGCCAGGCGGAAACGGGCAGACAUCUGUCUUACCUACCGACAUUCCUCUUCCUCCUCCAUCCCCCAUGCUGGAACCUUCUAUUAAUGAAGAAGGCAACCAGAACCCCAACACUAUCAACGCCCAAACCCCUGACCCAAACAACGACGAUGAGAACUACAACGAGCCUUCAGGCUCUGACCUUCCAUCCGAUAAUGGGCAGCUGAACAACGCUGCGGGUGACAACGGGCCUACUUCGACAACUCCUGCCCCGCCUCUUCUCCCUCCUGCGGCAACUACUGCGGAGCUGAUUCAGCUUCGUACCCUCGAAGUUCUCGAGCGUCUCGCUGCUACUACUGCUCGUGCCUCCACCACCCCCCCUGCCCCUACGACAUAUUCUCCAAGCCCCUCACGAGUUCUCGAACCAGAGACCAUCACUCGAGACCGAGUCAAAGUAGCCAAUGCGCCCGAACCUUUCAGUGGGAAUCGCUCAAAGCUUGAGUAUUUCAUCGCCAAUAACCGUAUCUAUUUCGAUACAUAUCCGAACUCUUUUAUCUCGGAUAAAGAGAAGAUCACCUAUAUGCUCACGAACAUCCGUGGUCCUGUGUGGGCAUCCUUACAGCCUUACGUCAACCAGGAGCCACGGCCGUUCAUCCUCCAAGAUUUAUCGGCAUUCAUCUCCCAUCUUCGCCGACACUGGGGCACAUCCGACGAGAAGGGCAAUGCCAAACGUAGCCUACGAAUGUUACGUCAGACCGGUACAGCAGACUCCUUCUUUGUCGAGUUCCAACGUCUCACUUCUAUUCUUGGUUGGGACUCCGACAGCGAGGCACUCAUCGACCAGGCUGUCGAAAAGAUGUCUGAAGAACUUCAGGAUGAGCUUGCUCGAGCCCAUUUCGAGCCUACCACAUUCAGCGAGCUUAUGGACUGGGCUACUACCCUCGACAACCGCCUCCGGGCUAGAGCUGCAGACAAAGGCAGUUCUGUUCAUAAGGUGAAGGGAGAAUCCUCCUCUUCCUACUCUGCCUCCAGAAGCAAUCGCCCUGUUAAACCCUCUGCUGAGUACGGUAAUCAAUCCGCUCGCACCAACGCUACUCCUUCUGCCGCAUCUGGCUCUCAAAGCUCCCAACCUCGCGAGCCUCUUUCUGCGGAUGAGAAAGCUCGCCGCCUCAAAGAAGGGCUGUGCGCUUACUGCGGUCUUCCUGACCAUCAAGUUGCCAACUGUGGCUUGCUUCGAAUCAAGAACGAGCGUCUGGCAGCAGCGGGAAAAAUUCCUGGCCGUCAGGCUUAG